GGGAAAAGCGAAUGGAACACGGUGGAGCGGCUGAAGGAUAACAAGCCCAGCUACAAACUUGACCACAUUGUUAAGGAGAGGUACCCGACAUUCAUUGAUGCCCUGCGAGAUCUGGAUGAUGUGCUUUCCAUGUGUUUCCUCUUUGCCACCUUUCCAAGGACAGGCAAAUGCCAUGUGCAGACAAUUCAGCUGUGUCGCCGCCUCACUGUGGAGUUCCUCAACUACGUCAUUGCCUCCCGCUGCCUGCGUAAGGUGUUCCUCUCCAUCAAAGGGAUCUAUUACCAAGCAGAGGUGAUGGGGCAGCUCAUCACGUGGAUCACCCCAUAUGCCUUUGCCCAUGAUCACCCAACAGAUGUGGACUACAGGGUCAUGGCAACCUUCACGGAGUUCUACACCACCUUGCUGGGCUUUGUCAACUUUCGCCUCUACCAGUCUCUCAACCUACACUACCCUCCAAAGAUUGAAGGCCAGGCGGAGGUGGAGCUGAAGCCCAAGGAAGGGGAGGCCUAUGCCCUGAACUCUGAGAGCUACAUGGAGAAACUCUCUGCGCUGAGCGCCAGCCUGGUCCGGGUGGUUGCCCCAAACCCAGAGGAUGAAGUGGAAAUAGACGAAUUCCCUGUGGAUGGGGAGAGUACAGAGCAUGAGGAGGCAAGGAGAAAAGAACAGGAGUCACUGGAGAAGCAAAAGAAGUUGUUUGAGGGGCUGCGGUUCUUCCUAAACAGGGAGGUGCCUCGGGAGCCCCUGGCCUUCAUCAUCCGGUGUUUUGGGGGUGAAGUGUCUUGGGACAAGUCCGUAUGCAUUGGAGCCACCUAUGAUGUGACAGACCCAACCAUCACCCACCAGAUUGUUGACCGUCCCAACCUAGAGAAGCAGGUCAUUAGCAGGUAUUAUCUCCAGCCACAGUGGGUGUUCGAUUCAGUCAAUGCCAAGAUGUGCCUCCCAGUGGCUGACUACUUUCCUGGUGUAUUACUGCCCCCACACCUCUCCCCCUUUGUCACAGAGAAGGAUGGGGACUAUAUCCCACCAGAGAAGCUGAAGCUGCUGGCCUUGCAGAGGGGAGAGAACCCAGAGGAGGAGGAGGAGGAAGAGGAGGAGGGUGGUGAGGAAGAUGAUGAAGGCUCAGAAGAGGAAGAUGACUCUGAAAAGGAAGAGGAGGAGAAACUGAAGCGAAUGGAAGAGCAGAAAACCCAGGGAAAGAAACUUGCUGUGAAGGUGACAGCAGGCACAGUGCGGCUGGAGGACAAGCAGCGACGGGUGCAAGAGGAGCAGAAUGAGGAGAAGCGUCUUGCCAUCAUGAUGAUGAAGAAGAAGGAGAAAUACCUCUACCAGAAAAUAAUGUUUGGCAAGAAACGCAAAGUCCGAGAGGCAAACAAACUCACUGAAAAGAGGAAAGCUUAUGAUGCCACCUUGAAACUGGGAAAGAAGAAAACCAAGAAGGCGCGACGGGAGUGAUGGGGCUGCUGAGCUUCCUUGGGGGCAGAGCCAGACAUUCGCAAGACUGGCCUGCCCCCUUAGCCUAUUGAGGCUUGCUUUCUGGACUGUACCUCAUGCUUGCUUGAGGACAGGCUGCACCCCAUGUAGGCCAUCAGUGCCUGUGCGAAGUUGACCCUCAGCUUUGUCUUGGGAAGGGAAAAACUGAGUUAAAGCGUAUUUCUUCCUCUUCUCCCCCUCCCCCAUGCCCCCCAAAUCCUUCUGGGUUACUUUACAGGGAGGCUGUGAUACUGUUUUGAAUCUGCUUGCCAAGCUUGGAUGGCAUCAAGCCAAGUGGUGAGGCAGACCUUAGGUGGAGAAUGUCCUCCCUAGAAAGCAUUGGUUGUCUCCUACCUUCUUUUCUCUUUUUCCAUUGUGCAUAGCGAGAGUCCACUGUGAUAUGUCUUGAAAGAGAAAAGGACUUCUCAUAUGAUGAGGGGAGAAGGGGAUUUCUCCCUGACUCCUUCUCAAAGGCAGAUCCAGGGCACAGGAAGGAGAAGCAGGCAGACCCUAGGUACUGCAGCAAUACAAUUUAAGAUGGCCAAAAGGUCACCAUGGAGAAGCUGAGUGGCGUAUUAAAUGAGAGAAGGUGUACACAUCCUGCCAUGAGGUUUUUUGUAUACAU